CCCCCCGCCCCGCGCGGCCCCCGCCAGGCCCCCGCCUCCGCGCGCCAUUCCUGCCGCCGCGCGUCCCGCCAGCCGCCCUCUUCGGCCAUGGCGGGCCUGGGACUGCGACCGGCCAAGGGCUACCGGGUGGUGCUGCUGGGCAGCGUGGCGGUGGGCAAGACGGCGCUCGCCACGCAGUUCGCCUGCGGCAGCUUCCCCGAGCAGUGCGAGCCGUCGGUGGAGGAGCUCUUCAGCAAGGUGAUCGAGGUGAACGCGGCGCCCGCCCUUCUGGAGAUCGUGGACACGGUGGGCGCCGAGCACCUGGUCACCCUCAAGGACCUGUACAUCAAGAACAGCGACGGCUUCGUGGUGCUCUACAGCGUGUGCAGCGAGGCCUCGUUCGAGGCGGUGCGGCCGCUGCGCGAGCGCAUGGGCCGGCUGCGGGGGCCCAAGGCCGUGCCGCUGGUGCUCGUGGGCACCAAGGCCGACCUGGACGCCCAGCGCCAGGUGCUGACGGCGCAGGGCCGCGCGCUGGCCCGUGAGUGGCGGUGCCCGUUUCUGGAGGUCACGGCCAAGAGCAAACUGAUGGUGGACCAGGUGUUCACGCAGGUGGUGCGCGAGAUGGAGGCCCUGGCCCCGCCGGAGGAAGUGGUUCCGGCGGUCCCCACCAACGCGCAGGAGACGUGGCCGUCUGAAAGAUUCAUCGGCUGACGCGCGGCGGUUCCUCUUGCCUGUAUUCUUCGCUUUUCGUGAUUUCUGAAGCUCCCUUUGCUCCUCUGCGUUUUUAAAGAAAGUUAUUCCGCUGUAAACAAGUGGUUACUUCUAUAUAUUGACUGAAAUCCGUGCUUCAGACUGUCCACAGAGCUUCUUGAAUAUUUGUUGAGAACUUUGCAACUGUGUUUACUUCUGACCGUGCUGGGAGGAGAAACCAAAAAUCAAUUUUUUACCUCCUGUAUGAAGAAAGCCUACCCUUUUCUUCAGUGGAAUUUGUUACAGGAUUUUUUUUUUUUUUUUGGUCAUAAUUAACACCUUCCAGUGUCAUCUGACGUUUGAUACUGAUUGAGGAACACGAACUGACGUUUCAGCUUUCCAUUCCAUGAGGCUCUGAUGUGUUUCCCUUUCAUUUACAGCCUUGAAUUGCAGUAGUAUUUUCCUCUCUGUGUACUUCUAAAUAUAGUUAUGACAUACAUAGCCAUGGUUUGAAAGGGAUACUGUAUACUCUGGGAGGGGAAAAAUCAACUGUGUACUCGGGCAGAGAUAGCUCAGAUCUGCCUUCAGUUUUGUAAUUGACAUCUAGUCGAUUUCUGCAUCUGUUGAUCUGUCGAUUAAGUGAAAAUAAAAUGACUUUAGAAGUCGA